AAGAUCCCAUGGCACUUAUUGUAAGAAUACGGGUAUUAACCCUGGUGUCCUGGCUAAAUUCCAAAUCUGGCCACCUAAUCACCCCCAGCUUCCAAUUGGCUCAUUCAUCCUCCCUCUGACCUGUAACUAUUCCCUACGUUGUUGCUGUAAAUGACAAUGUGUUCUUAGUCAACUUACCUGGUUAAAUAAAAAACAUGUGUAUGGAGUUGUUAGCUCCUCAUUGAGUUUUCCUUGUGGACUGCCAAUGCGUGUCCCAGAGAAGGCCACUACCACAGUAACCACACACAUUCUGCUUGACCAACUUGGCUCUGUGUGUUUGAUGAAUUCUAGAGAGUUGUAGAGGUGAUUUUACUAUUGAUCUCAAUAUCAGAUAAAGAUUUACUGGGCAUUUGAAAUGGUGCAUUGUUGUCGAACAUCAAACAUAUUUGUUUUGUGAAACACUCAGAAUGAUCUUUCAAUACUUCAAAGUAUCUUGGAACUAAUGCUGAUCUUACGGUACCAGACACUGACAGUCAGAUCCAGGGCUUCCUUCACCAGCAACAUCACUGCUGCUGAUGAUGAAAGGUCCUGUUUGUCAGGACUGUGGGAGAGGUUACACUGAAGCAGAGGGGGAGAGCCCUACCACCUUGGGCCGAGGUUACACUGAAGCAAAGGGAGAGAGUCCUACCACCUUGGGUUGAGGUUACACUGAAGCAGAGGGAGACAGCCCUACCACAUUGGGCCGAGGUUACACUGAAGCAGAGGGAGAGAGUCCCACCACCUUGGGCUGAGGUUACACUGAAGCAGAGGGAGAGAGUCCCACCACCUUGGGUACUUACACUGAAGCAGAGGGAGAGAGUCCUACCACCUUGGGCUGAGGUUACACUGAAGCAGAGGGAGAGAGCCCUACCACAUUGGGCUGACGUUACACUAAAGCAGAGGGAGAGUGCCCUACCACAUUGGGCUGACGUUACACUAAAGCAGAGGGAGAGAGCCCUACCACAUUGGGCUGAGGUUACACUAAAGCAGAGGGAGAGAGCCCUACCACAUUGGGCUGAGGUUACACUAAAGCAGAGGGAGAGAGCCCUACCACAUUGGGCUGGAGCAGAGCAGUGAAGGAUGAAUAGCCCAGCAGAGAGGGGAAGAGGAUGGAGGAGAGGAUGGGGAGGAGGCAAGAUGGGAAAGGAAACGAUAGGUGGGAGGAGGAGAGCAGGUGGAGCAAGUGGAGAUGAAAGAUAUGCAUUCUGAGUAAAAUGCAGCAGUUUGCAUGAGUAAGCAACUGAGAAUGUUCUACAAAAAUUGGUCAACUUGCAUCUUGUCUACACUUCUAGAAAAAAGGGUUCCAAAAGGGUUCUUUGGCCAUCCCAAUGGGAGAACCAUUUUUGUUCCAGAUAAAAUACUUUUGGGGUUCUUUAUAGGGUUCCAGAUAAAAUACCAAAAAGGGUUCUUCAAAGGGUUCUCUUAUGGGGAUAGCCGAAGGACCCUCAACCCUUUUGAGUUCUAGAUAGCACCUUUUUUCAUGUAAGAGUGUAUAAAGAAUAGCCUACUGUGCACUCUUACUCACUUCUGCUUUCUGAGCAUCACUGAGGGCAGUCUCAUUGGAAUGAGUUAGGUACAUAACAUCCCCCAAAUCCUAGAGAGAGAGUGUGUCAACUGAAACAGUGUAAAAUUAAUAGAAAAACAAUAAAUAGGAAGGGCUAUCAUCUCCCCUCACUGCCACCUCCUCCCUCUCUCUCUCUCUCUGAGUUUUAAAGUCUCCUCCCUCUUCAGAGAAUGGGAGUAUGAGGGAUUGCUUCAGUCGUCUUAAGAGAACAUAUACGCACAUCUACCAUUCUCUGUGUGCCUGUCUCUCUCACUCCAUCUCCCAGUCUCUAUCUCUCCUCCCUUCUCUGCCUUCUUGACGGACCCACUGCUGACCUCCUCCACUGCUGCUCCCUGCCUGCCUGCCUGACCUGUCCUCAGGCUGAGGAUAACCCUGAGCAUCGUCAGGAAGAGGAGUUUGUCUAAAGAAGGAACAUCUACACUGGUGAAGGAUGCAGCGGAUCCGGGAGGGCAUCCACAUAAGGACCAUGAAGGCCAAGAGGAAAGUGGAGGACAUCUCUAAGGAAGAUGUCCAGGCCUUCUUCAAGAAGCACGCCUUCGUGCUCUUUACUGUAGCUGCCGUCGUUGUAGGUAUAAUCCUAGGCUUUGCACUGCGUCCCUAUAAAAUGACCUACCGAGAGGUGAAGUACUUCUCUUUCCCCGGAGAGCUGCUGAUGAGGAUGCUGCAGAUGCUGGUGCUUCCCCUGCUAGUAUCCAGUCUAAUCACAGGCAUGGCAGCACUGGACAGUAAGGCUUCAGGAAAGAUGGGUAUGCGAGCUGUGGUGUAUUACAUGACCACCACCAUUAUCGCUGUCAUCAUAGGCAUCAUCGUGGUGCUCAUGAUCCACCCUGGGAAAGGAUCUAAGGAUGAGUUCAUGAAACAGUCGAAGAUAGAGGACAUCAGCCCUGCCGACGCCUUCCUGGAUCUCAUCAGAAACAUGUUUCCACCAAACAUGGUCCAGGCCUGCACACAGCAGUUCAAAACCAAAUACGGGAAGCGAAUUGUCCAUGUAACGGUGACAGUGAACGACUCGGUCUUCAACCUGACCAACCUGACUGAGCAGAUUACCCGGGAGGAGGUGAUCCCUAUCCCGGGCACGGUGAACGGGGUCAAUGCCCUGGGGCUGGUGGUCUUCUCCAUGUGCUUUGGCCUCAUCAUCGGCAACAUGAAGGAGCAGGGCCAGCCCCUCAGGGAUUUCUUCGACAGCCUCAAUGAGGCUAUCAUGAGGCUGGUGGCAAUUAUCAUGUGGUAUGCACCAAUCGGUAUCAUGUUCCUCAUAUCGGGGAAGAUCGUGGAGAUGGACGACAUCACUGAGAUGGGUGGUCAGCUGGCCAUGUACACCAUCACGGUGAUCAUAGGCCUGUCCAUCCACGCUUUCAUCAUCCUCCCCGGCCUGUACUUCGCCAUCACACGGCUGAACCCCUUCAUCUUCAUCAUGGGGCUGGUGGAGGCCCUCAUCACAGCCCUGGGAACCUCUUCCAGCUCAGCAACCCUUCCCAUCACCUUCAAGUGUCUGGAGGUGAACAACAAGGUGGAUAAGCGCAUCACGCGGUUUGUGUUGCCGGUUGGCGCCACCAUUAACAUGGAUGGAACAGCACUUUACGAGGCUCUGGCAGCUAUCUUCAUAGCUCAGGUUAACAACAUGGACAUGAACUUAGGUCAGAUCAUUACAAUCAGCAUCACAGCCACUGCAGCAAGUAUUGGAGCUGCAGGUAUACCACAGGCUGGACUGGUCACCAUGGUGAUUGUGUUGACCUCUGUCGGACUUCCCACUGAUGACAUCACCCUCAUCAUUGCAGUUGAUUGGUUCCUUGACCGACUGCGUACCACAACCAACGUCUUGGGUGACUCCAUUGGGGCUGGCAUUGUGGAAUUCCUAUCUCGACAGGAGCUGCAGGCCAAGGAUGUGGAGAUGGGGAACAUUGUGCUGGAGGAGAGGAAGAAACCAUACCAGCUAAUCUCUCAGGAAAACGACCAUGAAAACGCCAAACGUCCGAAAACUGAAAGCAAGAUGUAGAUCAACGCUCAAUAGUGCACACAAGCACACGCACGCACACACACGGAAUGUUUUGGUUCAUUUUUGUUUUCAAUCUGUCAUAUUUGUCCAGUUAUUGUCACUCUACCAUAUUUCCUUUCCUUUGUUAUUUUGUCAUUCAUAAAGUAACUUUUCUAUUUACUAUCUAACUAUUUUUUAAUGUUUCUUUCCCUGAAGUGGCCCAAUCAAAUUGCUUACAUCCGCCGCCUCUCUACGAGAUAGAUAGGCCACCUGUUUUAUGGUUUGUCUGGGUAUUUUUGUGUUGAAUUAAGUCAUGGCCUAGAAUAUGUAUAUAGUACAAUGGUAUAAGUAAUGAGGAAAGUGUUGGGUGUUGAUGUCCAAAAGGAAUUUUGAAAAAUUAUGAAAGGACAACCUAUGUUUGAAUGACUGGGCAAGCUUCAUCCUUCAAAAAAAGCAACAGAGAACACAUUUGUAUAUAACUACCUUAAUUUUGGUGGACCCCUGGAAGAGAAGCUUCUGCCUUGGCAGCAGCUAAUGGGGAUCCAUAAUAAAUACAAAUACAAUUACAUUUUAUUUGCUACAACUAAUGAAAUGAGGCCCUAUGAGCUGUUUCUGGUGAAAAACAACCAACUUCCUAUCAUGGGUUAAUUAAGCAGUAAUUUAAAUAACAAUCCUCAAGUGGUGUGUAUUUUUUAUUUUUUUUAUUUUAUUAACUUUUUUCAUGCUGUCAAUAUUCCUGUUGCAUAUGACAACACCAAUUGUAUUUUUACUUUAUUUUGAUUGAUCAAAUUAUUGAAGGUGGUGCUGUGAUGCUGACAAUAUGGCUAAAACGAGAUGUAUCCAACAAUCGUCAUCACUAUAUAUUUAUCCAACAAUUGUUAUCACUAUAUAUUCCCUAUUUGUAGCCAGCCCUAAGACAAAUGAGUCUUUGAAAUAUCCUUCACUAUUUAGUACAUCAUUAUUUUAACAUAGCAGGUGUUUAAUAUUUUUAAGGCUUUGUAGAGUGAUUGUAUGUCGAUAUAUGUGUAAAUUAACUAUAUAAUAUGGAUAGUUGUUUACGUGAAUAUGUCUUCUUUAAUCUCAAUGCAGAAAGAUAUUUGUUUUCAGGGCUGAAAUGCCACUCCAAUGCCUUGGUUAGUGAAAUCAAGGAACAUAGUUCGUGAUAAUUACAGUAUGUGUGAACUAACUCAAAUGGAUUUAGAAAAUAUGUUAUUUUCUUUCAUUUUUUUCUUUAAGUUUUGAGAUAUGAUGGUUCACUUUCUGUAAAGGCAACAUUUGUGGUGAAAAGGAAAUAAAUGGACUGGUAGAUUUGUCUUUGGUGAAUAACAUUUUGAAUAAAAUGUAAAAAGGAA